CAUAAUGUCAACACUGUGUGCUCAUUAUAUUUGGGUAAUUAAACAGAACUUGUGCCCUCUUAUAUCAUAUGUCCUACUCCCUAUCAGAUUGGCUCCUUUACAUUAGGGUCCCCAUCAGAGUGCCUCCUUACAUCAGGGUGCUCAUCAGAGUGCGCUCUUACAUCAGGGUCCCCAUCAGAGUGCCCCCUUACAUAAGGUUUCCUAUCAGAGUGUCCCCUUACAUCAGGAUCCCCAUCAGAGGGCCCCUUACAUCAGAUGGCCCUAUCAGAGUGCCCUCUUACAUCAGGGUCCCCAUCAGAGUGCCCCCUUAUAUCAGGGUCCCCAUCUGAUAGGGACAUCUGAUGUAAGGGGCCACCCUGAUGGGGACUCUGAUGUAAGGGGGCCCUCUGAUGGGGACCUUGAUGUAAGAGGGCACUCUGAUAGGGCCAUCUGAGGUAAGGGGGCACUCUUAUAGGGACCCUUAUGUAAGGG